AUGGAGAGUUAAGAUAAUAAACAUAAAAAAAAACAUGAUGAAAGUGAGAAAUAGAAAGAAUUAAAGAAAAUUUAAAAGAUGCAACAAAAAGCAUAGGCUUUGUUAAGAGAAGAGAAGCCUUAGAUAAAAAAAGAAAAAAAAAUUAAUAAAAAAGAUAAAAGUAAAAUAAACAGAGAAAAAGUGAUAAAAGCCUUUAAAUCAUUUAUUAAGAUAUUCUAAGAUGAUUUGGAGGAAUUCUUUGAUCUUUUUUCUUAAUUAGAUGAUGGAUGUGUUAUUGAGACUGGGAAUAUAGAAAAUAAAAAUAUUAAAGAAAAACUUGAUAAAUUAUUGAAUAAACUUAAACUAAAAAAUUAAGGGAAUGAACAAGCACCAAUAUUUAAGAAGAUUGAUAAAAAUAUAAAAUUAGAGCACUAUGUAAGAGGUUUAUAUGAUGAAGUUGUAAAAGGAAUUAAGUAUUAAGAACCAGAAUCAGAUAAUUCAAAUAUUAGUAGGAGUUAAUCAUCUGAUAAAAUGGACGAACUCAAUAAGAAUACAAGAGAACUUUAGCCUUAAAAAUAAUAAAUAACAAAAUCUGAUGAAAAAUCAGAAAUGGAUUUAUUUUUGUAAGAAAACUUUUCAUAAGGUGGAGACCGAAAAUUAACUAAUUAUUUGAAUGAUAGAAAGAAAGUUUAAACUUAACCAAUAUAAUAAUAAUAAUAGAAGAGUGGUAUAAAUUUCUAUUAAAAUUAUUAGAUGGUUUAUAUUUGGGUGAAGUAACUUAAAAAUAGAGAAAUCCUGAAGAAAUAAAAGAUUUCAUGAGAUGGUAUGAUUAGGAAUUUAGAUCUAAGAGUCUUGCAGAAGAACAUCGAGAAAAAUUAGAGAGAGAGAGAUUAGAAAAACAACUUAAGGGAGGAGUAUAAUAAAAUUAAAAAUGUAAAUUUUUGAAUUAUGAUUUAAAGAACAAAAUGUUCGUAAGGAGUUUAAUAGAGAUACGGAUAUGAAUAUGAAUACAUAGACAAGUUAAGAGGUACUUGCAAGAAUUAGAUAAUCUGGAUCAUUAAAUUAGAAGUUUUCAUCUGGACAUUUGUAAAAUUAAUUCAUAUGAUGAUUAUUAAAUU